AAUUGAAUUCAUGGUGGCUACCAAAGUCAACAAGUAAUUCAAAAAUAUAUGUUGUUUCGCCCAUUUUUUCUUCUUCGAACUGUUUGUGGAAAGAUAAGAGUGGGAGGAAAAAGUAUUCAUUCAUGUUGCAUGGAAUGAAUUCAUGAGAAUGGAUUUUCAGGAGUGGAGAUGGAUCAAGAUUGUGCUCUUCUGUGUUGCAGUUGUGGCUGUCAAGGCAUGUAUUUGGAGGAGCAAAGGUGUUUAUGAUCAGUUUCAUGGUGCCCCACCUAAGUUUUCUGCUCUUUUUGUGUUUGGAGAUUCAUUAGCAGACUGUGGGAAUAAUAACUAUAUCAAUACAAGUGUUGCUGCUCGUGCAAAUUUUGCUCCGUAUGGGAAAACUUUCUUUGGCACACCCACUGGCCGAUUCUCUGAUGGCCGAACCAUAUUUGAUUUCUUAGCAAGUAGGAUGGGGAUGCAUUUUCCUGCUCCAUGGUUUCAAAGCAGAGUGGGUUUGGUGAGCUCUGAGGGUGCAAACUUUGCUUCUGCUGGAAGUGGGUUGCUGGACUCCACUUUUCAACAUCUGAAUGUUAUUUCAUUUGGGCGCCAAGUAAAGGAGUUCAGAGAUGCAUUUUACAUGGUGGGAGGAGUUUCUGGGUAUCCAGCACAACAGAUGCUUUCGGAUUCUGUAAUUGCAAUCAAUAUUGGAGCAAAUGAUAUUGCUGGGAAUUACUUGACAAAUUCUUCUUUCAACCACAAAGUUAGACCCCAAGCAUUUAUCCAAUCCCUUUUGGAGAUCUAUAAACACUAUUUGCUGGAAUUGCACGAGAUCGGCGGGCGAAAAUUUGUUGUGUUCGGAAUCGGGCCUCUGGGAUGCAGUCCAGGGAUGAGAUACGCCGGCCUUGCCAAAUGGAAAGGCGGAUGCGAUGAAACAGCCAAUGAAAUGUUUCAGGAAUUUAAUUUAGGACUACAGAAGCUCAUCCGCCAUUUAAACAGAAAUCUAAUAGGAUCAACCUUUCUCUAUGUCAAUACUUACGACCUCGUCCUCGGCAUCAUAAACAAUGGGAAAACACUUGGGUUUUCUGAGAUUGAAUCUGCUUGCUGUGGUGAGGGAACAUUUAAUGCUGGUGUGGGAUGUGGACAAAAGAGUGAACACUCUGUGUGUGAGGAUGCAAGCCGUCACAUAUUUUGGGAUUCAUUUCAUCCCACAGAAGCAGUGCAGAAGAUCAUUGCAGAGGAGGUUUGGGGUGGAAAUUCCUCUGUUUUUCCUUCCAAUUUAAGAAAUGUGAUACAUGCCCCUGCCUCUCCCUAUAUUCAUUCCUUUACACUUAUGAGAAUGGAUUUGCAGGAAGGGAGAUGGAUUAAGAUUGUGCUCUUUUGUGUGACAGUUUUGUUUGUUAAGGCAUGUGUUUGGAGGAGCAAAGGUCUGUAUGAUCAGUUUCAUGGUGGCCCUUCUAAGGCUUCUGCUCUUUUUGUAUUUGGAGACUGGGGGAUUGAUAUCUAUAUCAAUUCAAGUGUUGCUUCAUAUGGCACAAAGUUUUCUGGCAAAUCUACCGGUUGCUUCUCUAAUGGCAGAACCAUAUUUGAUUUCUUAGCCAGCAGGAUGGGGGUGCAUUAUGCUACUGCAUGGUUUCAACCUGGAGUGGAAUUGGACAUAACAAAGGGUGCUAAUUUUGCUUCUGCUACAAGUGGAUUGCUUGACUAUACUCUUCAACAUCGGAAUGGUAUUUCAUUUGGGCAGCAAGUAAACGAGUUCAUAAAUAUAUUCUCCUUGUGGAAAGGAGAAUCUGGAAAUGGGUAUCAAGGAGAGGAAUUUCUCUCGAGCUCGGUAAUUGCAGUGAAUGUGGGAGGAAACGAUAUUGCAGGGAAUUACAUGGUGAAUGCUUCUCUGAGAAACAGAGUUAGCCCUGAAGCGUUUAUUGAGUCUUUAUUACAGUCCUAUAAAAACUACUUACUGAGCUUGCAUGAGAUAGGUGGAAGGAAAUUUAUAGUGUUUGGAAUUUCAGCAUUGGGGUGCAGUCCAGGAAUGAGAUACUCGGGCUUUACAAAAUGGAAUGGCGGCUGUGAUGAAACAGCCAACGAAUUGUUUCAGCAAUUUAAUUUUGGGCUGCAGAAGCUCCUUCACCAUUUGAACACGUAUCUGAAAGGAUCACUCUUCAUCUAUGUCAAUACUUACGACCUACUCCUGAACAUCAUUCACAAUGGAAACACCUUGGGGUUUUCUGAGACUCAAUCAGCUUGCUGUGGAGAGGGGUUAUUCAAUGCUGGUGUGGGAUGUGGGCAGAGCAAUGAAGGAUCAGUAUGCAAAGAUCCAGAAAAAUAUGUAUUCUGGGAUGCAUUUCAUCCCACUGAAAGAGUUCAGAAGAUAAUUGCAGAGGAAGUUUGGAGUGGAAAGUUUUCCUCAGUAUAUCCUUUGAAUUUGAGAAAUAUGGUACAUACCUAAACUAGUACCUCUACUGGGUAGGCAUUAAUUGAAAAGUAGGAUGGAUGGUGUAGGCACAAGAAGUUUGUCUGUAAGUGGGGACAGUGAGAGAAUUUUCUGGAUCAGGUUUCUUCUGAGUGGGGACAGGUGAAGCAUUUAGCAGCUGUCUGUGUGUUGGCAUCCAACAGCAAUUGUAAAUAUACAAAUCAACUUUAUUUCUCUUUCCAACAACUAUUCAGACAUUCCCACCUUUCAUCAUUUGGGUUUUAUACAAGCAUGUAUGAAUCCAGACAAAAAUGGCAGAAGGAUGUAUAAUAUUAAUUUCUGGGGACAGCUUUUCUGAUUAGUUGUUGUAAAGUAUGUAAAUUUUUUAACAAAAUGUGAAGGAAUUUAUAGUAAAAGUAUUGA